GGAAGAUGACACUCCGCUCAUCAUCUGGACGUGUUAUCGAGCAUAGCUGUCUCCAUGAUUUUAUUGUGCAGUAAUGUUCUUUCCGGAGAAUAAGCUUACAUUUCUUUCUUUCUGGCAUUUAUAAACCACGAGAAUCCAGCUGCUGCUGCUGCUGCCUGGAGGACAAUCGCCACAGUCUUCAUACCGAGAGGGAACGAAGCGGUGUUCAGACGGUGGCCACGGUUUAGGUCACAAAGAGACCUCAUAAGGAGUCCCUUGUCUUAUCAACAGGGAAGCAUGAUGAUAAAGCAUCUCUUGUACACUGGUCUUUUUUGCCUCUUAAUGGAGGCAAAGAUCAGUUCGUCAGCUGCCUCUACAGUCCAGAGAUUCUUCGCCAGAACAGAAAGUCUUCGCUGUCUACAUCUGGAUGUUGUCCUCGAUGUUACGUCCGUCUCUCGCUGCGCCGCAGCUUGUAGCUUAGACGUUAAUUGCCUCGGAUUUAACCUGAAUGGAUUGCACGCGGACGUCACCCGGACUUGUGAGGUGGUCAAAUCCAAAGACGUGUGCGAAUAUCAUGGAAAUUUCAGCUUCUAUGAAAUCGUCGAUCCUACUCCUUCAACCACAACCUUGACGUCCGGAACGCCAUCUACGGGAACUUCCAUUGCAACUACCACUGCAACUACAGGGACAUCCUUGCUCUCAACCGACGCAUCCACCACUGCUAUGUACUCUCAAGGUAAGGAUGCAACAGCGACAGCAGCAUCACCUGUGGAAUCUACAGCGUCCACUUCUACUACAUUGUCCGCGUCAUCGGUAUCAUCGGCCUCAGUAGGUUCAUCCAUAACUAGUGCACCUUCAGAGUCAGCUACAUCAACCACAGCAGAAAUUUCCACAAUGUCAUCGACAACCGAGUCUCCCUCGGCAUCUGUUGUCUCCACAACUUCCACAACACCAGAUAUAAGUUCAUCUCCUUCAGUGACAACAGCAACAACAACAAAAGAAACAACAGAAGAAGAAGAAACAGAAGAAACAACAACAGAGGAAGAAACAGAAGAAACUACAAAAGAAGAAACUACAACAGAAGAAGAAACAGAAGGAACAACCUCAUUAUCACCUACCACAACGACCUCAAGAGUAACAACAACUCUUGCGGCAACAUCUAGUACAACAACUAUGAAAGCAGAUUCAGCAAAAGUGAGAUGCGUCGAAACCCCGAACAAUUACGCAAUCGUCGGUAUCGACGUCAGCAAUUGGCUGACCCUCUACACGACGCCAUUCUCCCUGGAAGAUGGCGAAGGAGAGACCUUCAAAACUGUUUACAAAGGAACCGAGUGCGACUCGGGAUGGGCGCUGACGAGGAUUGGCUGCAUGGACAUGAAAUGCUACUGCAAGAAAGUAGGAAGUCAAGCUGACCUCGACCACAACGACUGUGUGGAAGUUUCCGGAAAGUCGGGAGACCAAAUGUGCCCAAACCAGAAAAUAGCUGUGAAGUAUUCAUAUUCAGGGUUUAUGUCCGGUGUCCAUACCCUUAAAUGUUGUACACUCAUUAUGAAAUAGAAG